UUCACUUUCAUCUAUUUCAUCCUUUUUUGCCAUUUUUUCAUCUUACUAGAAUAUUAUUAAAAUACAUCUUGCUUUAUUCUGAUUCAUAAAUGUUUUGAAAAGCUAUUGUGGUUUUAUCUGGCACAGACAUCUUAGUUGUUUUACUAGCAUUCUUACUAUACCAGAAGGAAUGGCACAAAGCACAAGAUCUUUGGUGUUAUUUAUAUACCUAAUAUUAUAUCACCCCCACUUUCGUUUGUCGUGACAUGCAACUGACACGCUUUCAGAACAUUUUCAGUUUUCUAGGCCGACACAAAUCACGAGAUCUCCUGACAUGGCAAAACAUGACCUAUAUACAAUAGGCCUCCAUUUGAUACAGGCCGUGAAGGACCACGACUGUGUUGUCCUUAUAACUGGCUAGUGGUUCCUCGUGUUGACAUUUACGAUAUCCUUGGCUUCGUAUGCCCGACAUCAAAACUAAUAGUGAAACAAGUGAACGACCAAACGAGAUUAGGAGAGACGAUGAACUUUAAUAUUUUUAGAAGAGAAUGGCCGGGAAAUGUGACUAACUUGCAACAAGCCAUCAGAAACGGCUCAAUACACUCAUUUUGCAACGUUUCACAUACAGAUUCAGUCAAACUAACAUCUUGUGAAGAGGGAAAAUACAGAUCUUUACCCGUGAAGUUCACCCACUACGUGUUUGAUGCGAGUAAAACAAAGUCGAAAAAAUACGAGACAAAUAAAACCUACGUGUUUUACAGCAAUGGAAACGGUCUUAAAUCGUCAUUAAACAGCAAAGAAGUAAAAUGCAGUAUGCUGUACGCAGUUCAUAUUGUAUCGAGGGAAAAGCGAGUUUUUGACGUCACAUACGGAAAAGAAGUGGUGCCAAGUAAAUGUGAAUGCAAUCCAGCAAUCAAACCAACACUGGGCCUCACCACAAAGAAAGCGAAGACGCAAAGUCACCCCAACCCAACUAAAAAACCCACACCUGGUCCCAAAGAGACCAAGCUUACCCCUCCCUGCACGACCACGAAAACUACUGAAACAAGUAAGCAACCAUCAACGGAAAAGUCAAUAAGCUACACUACACUAAACAGUAGUGAAAAUAAACUACACAUUCAAACAACGAGACCAACAGAUCAAAAUUCGAACCAGCAGACAAAGGACAGAUGGCUUUCAGUUCCUAUCUUCAUAGCGAUAGUAAUAGCAGUAUUUACACUUGGUAUUCUGUGUGCUGUCAUUUACUUCAAAGUUCUCAAAAGAAAACCGCGAAGAGAUCUCUAUGAAAUUAACAACAAAGCGUAUUCUAAACAAGGAAAUGACAUGCAAAAUGGAGUCAGUGAACAAUUUAUAUAAGCAACGUGUAAUGGGCACCUUUGCAAAGAUAGGAGACACGUGAUCGCGGAUCCACGUGGGUGGAUAGACCGCUAUGGAUAAACCUGGAUAUGAAAGUCGUGUGCACCUACAUGGGUGACGGUGAAAUAUAGGAGAAGCUACAGACAGCGCAGGGUAUUAAUCGAGCAAAGUGGGUACAUCGUGGAGUUACGAAAUUGGAUGAUCAAUGGAUAAUGCUGGAUAUAAAUAAAUCAAAUCAACAUAAAUAAAGGCCAUGAAGAUGUAAAAUGAAUAAUCCGGAGAAAAAAAUGGAUAUAAAUCAAGUCAAGUGUACAUGAAUAGAGGAUCCUGGUCGUAAUAUGGGUUAAUCGAUGGAAAAAGCUGGAUAUAAAUCAAGUCAUGCGUACAUAAUUGAAAAUCGCGUGGAGGGGUAAAAUAGGUGAUCUAACGAUAAUGUUGGAUAUAAAGAAAGUCGAGUUUACGGAACUCAAAAGAUUGUAAAGUGGUAAAUUAGUAAACCUGGUGAGGUUUGAGAGGGACAGUAGGGGACAGUAGAGGAUUGCAACAACAUUUCCUUUCGUGAUUCCCUGAAUGGGAGAAACAUGAACGUCGCGGGUCGACAAUUUACAAUAAUUUCAAUGAAAUAAAAUAAUCGAGUUUUUCGGCAGGUUUUGCCGAAAUAUAGAAUCAUACAUUAUUCAUGCAGGGUCAGUUGUACGAGAGCUGCAUGAUAGCGUUAUCCACCGAAGAUAUUUUUCAACCGUUGUAAAAGCUAUAAAACUACAGAUUUUGAGCUAAAAAUUGUUAAUGAUAAUCUGCAUUUUAGCGCUAUUAUAAGUUUAAGCCAGGUUAUACCGAACAACGGGCAAUUUAGGAGUUAUUGGAAAAACCACUAUCCAGUGGAGAGCGCUAUCCAGUUGUCGUACAACCGUCCCCUGUAUUUUUAGCACACAUUUAUUUAUAUCAUGCGGAAUAGAUUAUAAACAUGUAUUAAUCACAAAGUAUAUUUAUCAUUGUACACCAAUGUAUAUAUAAUAUGUUGUAAUAUACGGUUGUAAAUUCCUAAAAGAAUAGUAAUAUUUAUAUAUUGACACGUGUAAAUUAUACUAAUUUAUUAAACUG